UAACUGUGUUGCGAGUUUGAAAAGUUGCCAUUCCACCAGGCUUCAGCAGCAGGCAAAAAUCUUAGAAAGGGUAUCAUCAUCUUUUGUUAAGAUGGAAAACUGCCUUCCUGGCAGUACUUAUGGAAUAAUCAGCUUAUCCACUGAAUCGUCCUUGAAUUCCUCCUUUUUUUUUUUUUUUAAAUAAUGUCUUUUGUGAGGACAGGCCAGUAAUUCAAAGAGCAUAACUUAUUUUUAGGUUCAGACAGGGCCUGAAAUAAACUGAGAAGGCUGAGUAGUGUUACGAUAAACAGGGAGUAAAACAGAGACAGGAAAUAGGGGGGUCUUUGGUAAUGAAUUCCAGCCACUCUUGAAACAGAAAGCCAGGGAAAGCAUUACUUGCAAAUAGUUUCACAGUGACAGCUUAAUAAUUUUAGGUUGUUAUUCGAUGUUAAAAGCGAAUAGUUUCUGCAGAUUUAUACUGUUCUUGAAAGGUCCCUUUUUAAAGACCAUUUAGCAAGUUAUGUUUUUAAUGUUUUUAGAGUUACAUUGUUCUUGUUGCUAACUGAUCUGCUGUUUAAAAAAACCAGAUGUUUGGGGGAGAGCCUGAAGUUUAUACAGUUGUGCGUUAUAUAUACAUCUGUGAGAAGCCUUUGGAAUAAGACUGUGGGACAGAGGCAGUAGAUUUAACUUGAAAUGUGUAUGCACCUUCAAGAAUUUAGAAGUAGAGGGGCUUAAAGGGGAAGAAGUCACAGCUAUAUCCUGUAGAACAAAGCAGCGCGCUUGCUUCCAAAAGUUUCUUUUAACCCUGGGAACGUGACUGCUGAGAUGGGCCCAAAGCAUGGAUGGUGAGAUUGAUAUUUACAAGCACUUCACGUGGCUAAAGCGGUCACAGGUAAAUCACCAUUCAUCUGUUAAUAAUGAAACCUAUCAAGAAAGAUUGGCACGAUUAGAAGGCGAUAAAGAGUCUCUCAUACUGCAGGUGAGCGUUCUUACAGACCAAGUAGAAGCUCAAGGAGAGAAAAUACGGGACUUAGAAAUCUGUCUUGAGGGGCACCAGUUGAAAUUGAAUGCUACAGAAGAAAUGCUUCAACAGGAGCUGCUAAGUCGAACAUCACUAGAGACUCAGAAAUUAGAUUUAAUGGCUGAAGUUUCAGACUUGAAGAUUAAACUGGUUGGCAUGGAAAAGGAACAGAGUGAAUAUGAAGAGAAACAGAACAAAGCUGAGUCAGUAGUGAACCUGAUAAGUGAGCUACAGGAGCAGAUGUGUAGACUACAGCUGGAAAUUAAUAGUAGAAUCCAAGAAAGAAAAUCCCAAGAUAGGAAAUCCAAUGUGACACCUAAUGGUCCUCAGUCUAGCCCAAGAUCAGUGGUAGAGACGCUCGGCCAGAAGAAUUGCUCUCAGUGUGAUGGUUUGCUACAGGAACUCAGACACCUCAAAAUUAAAGUGGAAGAACUGGAAAAUGAAAGAAAUCAAUAUGAGUGGAAAUUAAAAGCAACUAAAGCUGAGAUAGCCCAGCUCCAGGAGCAAUUAGCUCUCAAAGAUGCAGAAAUUGAACGCUUACAGUGUCAGCUCUCUCGGACCUCAUCACAUAGCGAGGUUGCAGAAAGAGAGGAAGUUUAUAAGAGAAGGCUAAAAGAAAAACAUCAAGAGGUACAACGACUGAAGAUAGGAAUGGAAUCAUUAUUGGCUGCAAAUGAAGAAAAGGACCGUCGAAUAGAGGAGUUAACACUACUGCUAAGCCAGUACAGGAGGGUCAAGGAGAUAAUGAUUGCAGCUCAAGGCUCUUCAGACAGAAUUGUUUCUGGUGGUGGCGAAGAGGAACUUGAGGCAACUUUAAGGAAGUUGAAUGUUCUGAAUAGUCCUCAAGGAGAAUUAUUUAAAGCAGAGGCCUCUUCAGGAGAACUGUCACCAGCUCUGCUAUCUCCAGUGACGCACAAAACGACAGAAAUCAGGGUUCCACAGAAAAAAAAGUCAAGUAGCUUAGAAGACUUGCAGAGUGAAUCCCUGGAAAAGUAUGUAGAUGGAAAACCAGUGCAGCCUGUUGUAGAACAAGAGAGUAAACCGCUUGUGAAAGGCAGCAAAUAUCAAACCUUGCCAGGAAAACUUCCUCGACCCACGCAGAAUGGAGACCAGGGAACAUAUAAUGAGUCAAAUUCACCUGACACAAAUGACACUGAGGACAACAGCAUCCCGGGCCUGAAUCGCAUCAGGAGUGUCAGUGCACCCGUGCUAGGAGAAACAGAGAACAUGGAUGGUACAGUAGUCUCAGAUGAUCUUUCACCUCUUUCUUCGGGAACGGAUUCGGGUCCACAGUCUCCACUGUCUCUAGAAAACAGAAAGAGUCCAAAAGGGAUCAAGAAAAUCUGGGGAAAGAUAAGAAGAACUCAGUCUGGUAACUUCCCUGCAGACGAUCUGGGUUUGGCAGAGUUUCGAAGGGGUGGUCUCCGUGCAACAGCUGGACCUCGGUUAUCCAGAUCAAAGGAAACCAAAGGCCAGAAAAGUGACUACAAUGCUCCAUUCGCUCAGUGGAGUACUGAAAGAGUUUGUAACUGGCUUGAGGACUUUGGUCUUGGGCAGUACGUCAUUUUUGCCCGGCAGUGGGUGACUUCAGGCCAUACACUGUUAACUGCAACACCUCAGGACAUGGAAAAGGAAAUGGGAAUAAAGCACCCACUGCACAGGAAGAAAUUAGUUUUGGCCAUUAAAUCAAUAAACACAAAACAAGAUGAGAAGUCUGCACAACUUGAUCAUAUCUGGGUGACACGCUGGCUUGAUGAUAUUGGUUUACCUCAGUACAAAGACCAGUUUCACGAGUCCAGAGUUGAUGGGAGAAUGCUGCAGUACUUAACUGUGAAUGACCUUCUCUUUCUGAAAGUCACCAGUCAGCUGCAUCAUCUGAGUAUUAAGUGUGCCAUUCACGUGCUGCACAUCAACAGUUUUAAUCCCCACUGUCUACGCAGACGACCAGUUGAGGAGGUAAAAAGCAACGUUUCACCUUCUGAAGUAGUGCAGUGGUCCAAUCACAGAGUGAUGGAAUGGCUCAGAUCAGUUGAUUUGGCAGAAUAUGCACCAAACCUCCGAGGAAGUGGAGUGCACGGUGGCCUCAUUAUUCUUGAACCCCGCUUCAACGGUGACACGCUGGCAAUGCUGCUGAAUAUCCCACCUCAGAAAACCCUACUGCGGCGCCACCUAACAACCAAUUUUAACGUCUUAAUUGGACCAGAGACACAGCAAGAAAAAAGGGACAUAACAGAGUCAGCAGCGUACACACCUCUGACCACCACUGCCAAAGUUCGGCCAAAGAAACUUGGAUUUUCACAUUUUGGAAACUUAAGAAAAAAGAAAUUUGAUGAAUCAACAGACUACGUUUGUCCUAUGGAUACAAACCCAGGUGCUACGAAUGGUACUCAGAAGAACUACACUGGAUACAAAGGCCUUAGUCCACUCACUGAUAGGGAACUGGAUCAGAUGGAACACUCAGAAGGAACAGUAAAGCAAAUAGGGGCUUUUUCUCAAGGCAUAAGCAAUCUUACGACAAUGUUAAGCCAAGAUGAAAUGCUAAAUGACAGCAGAUUUUUAACACCUCCCUUAGAAGACUGGAGAUGAUAUUUCAGCAUGACCAAGACCGGUAAAUACCUCAUGCCUGCCCAGAGCGGGCCAGGAGAAGCCUGACACUGUGGUACAGAAAAGCUUUACCUCUCCCUCCAGUGACACACACCAUGUAGGAUUUAGCAUUGCUAGCAGAGCAACACUUGACAGGUAUCUCUGCAUUGCUUUCCAUACAACGUAACGUCAAAGAGGUGCUGAAAGAAGUGCUACACAAGUGUUUCUUAUGCAGAGUCUGGAAAGCCACUAUGUUUUACCCUUAUGUUUUAUCAUCUUUCACAUGGUAUGCUUAUGUGCUGUUAUAAAAGACUUUUUCUAUUAUUUUUUUUUUAUUUUUAUAAUUAAGUUGUAAUGGAGGAAUCAUUAAUAUUCUAUUAUGCCACAUGGACUAAUCAGAGGCACCCAGCAAUUCAGACAGGUGCUGGCAAGCGCAGGUCCCUAUUACUGCAGUCACACCACAGAUGCUUUCCCAGAAAAGGAUUUUCAUCUCUCAUCCUUUUCAUUUGUAUGUGCCCUGCGCGUUUUUUUUCCCCUCCAAUAAGCAUGGCUUAGAAUAGGAAAAAUCAAAUGUAAUAGUAUCCACCAAGCCCUUGCAGGAGGGUGACAAUCAAGGUGGCUUGUUCACAAAUCUCUAGCUACCUCAAAGGGCAAUCAAAAUUAUUAAUGUAAGAUAUAAGUAAAAUACUGUAAUGCUGCUUGCUGUACUUUGCAACAGAAUUUCCAGCGUGAUCGCUUUAAACUGCAGGCCUUGAAGUUGAACUGUUGACAGGGCUUUACUAUACUCUCCUGUUUUGCCUAAAAUGAACAGUACUGAGGAACAUGUGCAAAGCAUCAGGGUGCUCCUAAGCCUUCUGAACAAUCCACACAGUUCAGAAAGAACACUCAGCAUAAUACCUGGUUGAUAUAAGAUGCAGAACAGGUUUUCAGGAAGAAAAGGAAUGAUUAUAAGACUAUUUUCUUUUCCAUUGUUACAGCUAACCAAAUGCAUGCCUGCAAACAGCCUUCAGGACUGGAACUGGUAGUAGAAACUAUAACAUUUGCAUGAGAAUCGGUCGUGUUAUUUUACACUUUCAGUUCUCCUUUCAUUCCAGCUACAGGCAGAUUUUUAUGCAGUGUUUUAUUUAGCAGUGGGAGAUCAACACCACUGCUCUGCCACAUGUAAAACAGGACUAGGGGUGCAUCAAGCAAGAACUAGAGUUUCUUUUAAACACCUGACAAAAUAAAUCUGUAGCUAUCAUAGGGAGGUAGGUACGACAGCAGUACUCUAACAGGGAAAUGCAGCUUCUUACUUCUUAUGCAAGGGGCAGUUCAAGGGUGAAAGUUUUGUGUUCACAGCUGCAACUGCUUGUGGAAUCUGAUAGCACAGGCCUUUUAUGUAUUAAGACAGUACUAACACGGUAUCUCAUACAGAGAAAUGCCAGAAAAAGUAUCUGUCCAACUGUAAAGAAAAGACUUUCUAUGGAUAUGCACGGUUUGCAUUACUCCCUCCUUUCUGGCUACAAUAUGUUGGUUUAUAUAUUAAUAUAAGCCCAAGGGUGAGCUACUCAUAGCCACAAACCUUCCAAAAUAAAUGGGAAAUCUUGGGUGCUGUCCAGAAUAUGUAGCAAGGGCUCUUUGAGAGCUGUCUGGGCCUCACUUCAUGAGACUUUCAUAACCCUGCACUCUGUCAUCAAGUUGUAAAACCUAAGCAUGAUUUAAUGUCCAAAAUGUUAAAAUUAAGGCUGAUUUUUUCAAGUCACUGAAAAAUUAAAUAAAUAAAAAUCCAAAGGAAUGAUAAAUGAGUCUGUACAUGAACAAACUAAACAUGCCAGUCAAGCACCCCUCUGAUCUGGCAGUGCAGUAGUGCAGUCAGCACUAGUGCCCACAUUAUAUACUAACAGACGCAUGAAAUACCCUGUUGGGUUAACUGAUCAGAUUCAUUCUAGUCGUAAUACUGUAAUAACUGCUUGGCAGGGGUAGCCUUAAUAUCACUGAGCUAUUCCAAGCAGCCUUCCAUUUUUCUUUUGAGGAUGUACUUAUAACUCACUGUUGUGUUGUGCUAAGUUGGAUGUGAAUAUUCAAUCUACACUAUCUUCUUUUUUAAUAUAUUAAGAAAUCCUAGUUAUAACACAGGCAUACAUGCUUACACCUUUGUUAUGAAUACAUUCUGAAUAUUCUAUUACUUCCUGACUGUGGAAUGAGUCUAACAGAAACAGUGGUAGCCUAUCUCUUAUCAGGGACAGAUCCACAGCUGUGAAUGCCUGUGUCUUUCUCUGCAUUAUUGCUACAGCAUCCCUAAGUUAAGCUUUAACUACUAGAUAUUUUGCUUCAGAGGAAUUAAAAGUAAACACAGUUGCUUGCAACUGAAGAACCUGAAAACAAAUGUGCACUGAUGACUAAAAAUUCAAUCCUACAUGGUGAAAAUAUUCAGACAAGGCAAGAUGAAUGUAAGACUAACUCAGCAAGGCUUACAAUAGGAAAGAAGAAGCCAUGCUUUCUCUUAAGAAAAGGGAAUGGCCAAAAGAACAAUCACUCAGGCCAGCAGGAAACAGCAUGACAUUACAGAAUCCUCCUCAAUACCAUGAACAAGAAUUAUUAUUAAUAAGCAAGAAGCAAUUACUACGUUACCUGAAUUUUGAUUAGAUGCUUUUUAGAGACAUACUGUGGCAUUUUGCUUACUGUCUUGCAAAGGGCUGCAAAACAGCAUUUUGAGGACAGACCGUUCCUUGUGAAUGAACUGAUUAUCUAUAGAGUGUUCACAUCAUCCUAUUCCAGUUUUACAGCCCUCUCACAAAUUCCAUGUCCAUGUCAACAAACACAAUUAAGAAAUAGUGCACAGUUACAUACCAGUCAUUCCUGUAGGAAAAUAUGCAGUACUUACUUCAGAAAAGGUGCUGGAUGACAUCACCGUUAAUAGGAAAAUGUACUGCUCUUGGGAUAGCCGAGUUUGUCCAGGUUGGGCUGACAGGCAAACUGAAUCAUAGGUGGUGGCCCACACAUAAGAAUGAGCGUCUCACUGCCAGGGGGAGGGAGGUGGGUUUUAAUCAUGUCUGCAGUGACGAAGCCAGAACUGUACUUCCAAUCUGAAACAAACACAUCAAAUUAUUAACCUGACUCUGUACAGUCUGAAAUCUCUUUAAACUAUAUGUGUUCUUCUUGCAAAGUAGCUGAAGCUAUGCCACCACCCCUGCAAGCAGAGACAGGGACAAAUCUCUCACUGCACUCAGACCUUGUGGUUCCUUUCAAAGAGGACAACAAGCACGUGGAUAACAAGAAUCUGGCUGUAUAUGCAGACAAGAAUGUCUAUGAAUAAAUGACAACUUUAAACAAAUUAGAUUAUCAGCCAGGAAUAAAUAAGAAGAAUAAAUUAGUCUUUCUUCCAGGAGAGAGAGGUCACCCAGGACACUGGUACAGACACAGAUUAUUCAGACCUGUGCCACUCAACACAUUUGGAAAAUCCUAGAAAAGAUCAUCCAGUGGUAAGGUUGCAAAGCUCAGUGAUAACAGAAGUUCUGCAGUGCUGUUACAAGAAUAAAAAAGAAACGAUGCCAGGUGUUUUCAAAGAGCAGUAUCAUUGAAUACCUCUGCUACUUUAUGUGAACAAAGUCAAGAAAAAGGAUGCUAUCUAACUCAACAUGCAAAAAUAUGUGCUUUAAACUGGUUUAAUGACACAAAAAUACUGCUGUUAC